AUGGCAUCUCCAUUCUUCUUUGUCAAUAAGAAAUCAGGAGAUCUACGACCCUGUCAGGACUAUAGGAAACUCAAUGACGCCACUAUCAAAAAUGCCUAUCCUAUUCCACGAGUAGAAGAUCUAUUAGACCGAGUUGCCUCUGCCAAGCCAACUAUGUUCACCAAGCUUGAUCUACGUGCAGGAUACAAUAAUAUACGCAUCAAAGAAGGUGAUGAAUGGAAGGGGGCAUUUAUCACCCCACAAGGACUAUUCGAACCUACAGUAAUGUUCUUCAGAAUGACAAAUUCCCCGGCAACUUUCCAAGCAAUGAUGGAUGGUAUCUUUGCAGACCUAUUACUGGAAGGCUGGUUGGUGAUCUAUAUCAAUGAUAUUCUCAUAUAUUCCACCAAUCAUGCAGAACACCAAUAA